UGUUUUUGUUUACAUAUCAGCUGAUAUUUAAAGAGCUAUUUCGCAAUUUGGCUUUAUGUGUUUUAUCCGUUUUAUCGGUUUUAUCCGUUUUAUCCAUUGAGUUCAGUGAAUGUUCAUAGUGCGAAAACAUGAGUACCUUUCCUGGACCACUCAAUGAAUUUCCUGGUGUCUCAGUAGAUUGCUUUACUGAAGAAAAUCGCGAGUCUUUCGUAUUUUUUCUUUCUCAUUGCCAUCUGGAUCACAUGAAAGGUCUGGAUGAGGAAAAGGAUCUUCCUGGACCACUGUACGUCAGUGAAAUCUCUGCGGUGAUUCUUAAAAAGAAAUACCCUUACUUGAAGGAUAUCAGGACGCUAGAGAUUGGAGUGGAGACAGAAAUUGUGAUUGAAGAUGGGAGGAGUGUCUGUGUUACGACAAUUCCAGCUGGACACUGUCCAGGAUCUGUAAUGUUUCUUUUUGAAUCUGUCCACUGCAGAGUGCUGUACACGGGGGACUUUCGUUUGAGGGAUAAGGAUAUGAAGAACAUGCGGAUUUUGGAGAGGAUUCGUGGGAAACUUGACAAUCUUUAUAUCGAUUCAACAUUCCUUAGUCGAAUCUACGAAGAAUUUCCUUCACGAAUGGACAGCACUGACGCAAUUAUAGGUUUAAUUGAUGAAUGGAUAUGUAAAUCAUCCAACCAUAUCAUUUGGAUUAGGACUCCUGCCCAUUAUGGGUCGGAAUAUCUCUUCAAGGAAAUCAACAGGCGAACAGGAAAAUCUUUGCAUAUUGAUCCAGGAAAUGUCUCAAAUUACAUCCACAUUCCUGAUAUGGAUGGCAUUUUUACAGUUCAUGGGGAUCAGACUCAAAUUCAUGCUUGCUGGAAUCCAGGAUGUUACGUUCUCAGGGAUCAAAAUAAGGAAAUCCGCACAAUUCGUCCAACAGCGAUGUUUUGGACAAAGUGGAAACCUUCGUGUGAGAUUGUUAGAGGCACAGGGAAUAUUUUUCGUGUUUGCUAUUCCAGUCACUCGAGUUUCAGAGAAUUGAAAGACUUUAUCGAUUACUUGAAGCCACAAAAGGUUGAACUAAAUGUUGUUCCGGCCAAAGCUGAGGAUCGUGCAGAAAUGUAUGGCAUCCUGAGGGAAAUUGUUUUAGAAGAUAAAUCAGAAGUGCCUGAAAAUGGUGAGAAGGAAGAAGUUGAAAAGAUUUCCUUCAAAAACAUUAAUUUCAGAACAAUUGGGCUGGAGGAAAAACUUUCUGAGGAGCUUGAUAAUGAUUUUCACUACAUCCCGAAGAGAAAGAAGCUCCAGUCGUGACUUAAGUAUAUGUACUUUGGCAUUGAGUAUAGUGCCUUUGUUUAGUCGGAUACGAAUUUAUUAAUUACAUUUUUAUGUAAAUUAAAAAUUUACAAUACAAAAUAAAAACUUAUAAAAAUCUGUAAAAA